CUUGAACUUUGGCCCUGACGAUGACGAGUGAUUCAGUCCUCGCGCGCAAGCCCUCGGGUCAGAGUGAUGGCUUUGAACAUCACCUCUCACCCACGGCUGCACAGGCUUUGCGAAGCAAUCCGCUGUCGGCCAAAGCCACAAGUGUCCUCUCUGCAUCCUAUGCCGAUUCUGAUAUAAGAGAUGCUCUGGGUCUUCUGGACAAACGUGGGAUCCAAAAUACCGCAGAGACCCGUCGUCAGCUAAGGCUGGCCGUCCAGAAGGAAGUGAUUGACAGCAAUGGCGACAUCAUCCGUGAGUUUGGGCAUGUUGCUGAGCAACUCAAGCGCAUUGGCCUUACCAUUGCGAGUCUCAGUCAGGGCUGUGAAGAGAUGAAGAAACAUAUCUCGGCCGCCCACCAAGAGACUGCGCCAGUACUUCAAGAAGCGUCUGAUCUUAUGAAACAGAAAGAUCAAGUCGAGGCUAAGCAGCAACUUCUGAAAGCUUUCAAUGCCCAUUUCAUAAUGUCUGAGGAGGAUAUCGCAACUCUCACGUCCACUGCAGAACCCGUGGAUGAUACGUUCUUUGCAGUUCUUGCAAGAGCGAAGAAAAUACACAACGACUGUGAGAUAUUGCUCGGUACUGAAAACCAGCAGCUGGGACUUGAGAUCAUGGAACAGAUCUCAAAAAGCCUCAACCGCGCUUUUCAGAAGCUGUAUAGAUGGAUUCAACGCGAGUUCAAGUCUCUCAACUUGGAAAACCCUCAAAUUAGUUCAUCCAUUCGACGAGCUCUUCGAGUUCUAGCAGAGCGACCGUCUCUGUUUCAGAAUUGUCUCGACUUCUUCGCUGAAGCACGGGAACAUAUAUUAUCUGAUGCAUUCUACACUGCCCUAACAGGCACGUCAGUCGGCGGUGAAGAAGAUGCGUCGGUGAAACCAAUCGAACUAGUCGCCCAUGAUCCACUGCGAUACGUCGGAGAUAUGCUCGCGUGGAUUCAUUCAGCAACGGUCAGCGAACGCGAGGCACUGGAAGUCUUAUUCAUUUCAGAAGGUGAUGAGAUAGCAAAGGGCAUCCAAGCAGGACGAGACAGCGAGCCUUGGAACGUGGAUGGAGGGAAUGACUUUGAUGGCCUCAAGGCUCUCAAUGAACUGGUCGAUCGAGACGUUACUGGAGUGGCAAGAGUCCUUCGUCAACGGAUUGGACAGGUGAUUCAAAGCCACGAAGAAACAAUCAUGGCGUACAAGAUUGCCAACCUGCUAAAUUUCUACCGUAUCACAUUUUCCAAGUUACUAGGAGAAGAUUCGGUCCUCCUCGAAUCAUUGACAACUCUCGAAGAAUCUGCACUAAAUCAAUUCACAACUUUAAUGCGUGAUCAUGUAGCUGGUCUACAAGGGGAAUCACAACUUGCCCCCCCUGAUCUAGCACCUCCUGACUUCUUACAAGAAGGCUUCAAGCAGCUAACUGCCAUCAUGAAAACUUACGAAACCUCUCUCACAUCUGCUGAUAGUAGGGAAGCCGAUUUCGAACCCAUAUUGACGGAAGCUUUUGAUCCGUUCAUGGAGGGAUGUGAGAAUAUAGCGAAACAUUUAGAGGCGCCGGCUCGCACAAUUUUUUCAAUCAACUGCCUCCUGGCAGCCAAAAACAUUUUGGCCCCGUUCGACUUCACUAGCACACGUCUUUCCAAAAUACAAGACACCGUCGAUAAGCAUACUUCUACUCUUGUUGAGUACCAGUACUCGUUCUUCCGAGCCAACUCGGGUUUACAACCCCUCCUUCAAGCCUUGGCACCAUUAUCAGACACUAAAGAAGAUCUCCUAUCAAUUCGAUCACUGGAUGCAUUCCGGCCGGAGGUUUUGAUACAAGCAAGUCAGACUCUGGAUGACUUCCUUCCCUUGGCACUAAUGGAUGCCAUGGAGAAUCUGAAAAAUCUUCAGAGUUCUAAAAUGGCCAGGAAAAUCACCGAGGAAGCUGCUGAUAGGUUUUGUGGCGAUUUUGAGCGCGUGGAGGAGAAACUAGUCGCUUCAGAUGACAUCUGGGAGCAAGAAGCAGACGAGGAGACUCUCGCGUCGAGCCAACCUUUGAAGUCGCUGUUCCCACGAACUAGUGGGGAAAUAACAGUCUUGCUCUCUUGAAUGCUUCGUUAAAAAACAUUCUCGGCAAACAGGGAAAAUGUAUCGAUCUCAGCAUUUUCCACGGCCAUAUUCCACGCUUGGCUAAUUAUGUGGAUGGCUCCAUUCCUACCUAUGGCAGAGACAUGCCCGAAGUAGCAGUCAUGUCUCAUUCCACUACGAAUGCGGCUCGGUGUCGGAGAUGAGAACGCAGAAAUGAAUACAAUAGAAGGUCCAUGAUAUGUAACACCAAUAAGAAGUGGGCGAAGAGCUAUAAGGUUGCUGGUUGUAUUUGCUACGGUCUACUGUCUCCUGCAAUACUUGACCAUGGAGCGCUCUGUACAGUAUAAUGCGAAUGCUUGAGGGAGGUUACAUGAAACAGGGACCUCGGUGUGGCAAAUUAAACUCUUUUUGAGGAUAUAAAGAGUACCU